AUGGCCGAGGAAUCAGCAGCUACGAACACACCAGAAGAAACAAUUAAUGGUGUAACAAAUAAUGAGUAUUGGUGGCCGACAUGGUUAGUAGAGAAAAUCGAGCAUGCUGAAAGCAUAGUGCUUAGUCGCCCAUCACCUAAUCAAACUAUUUUGAGUAUUUACAGGGUUCCUGAUGAGCUUCGGGAAUUGAACAAAGAAGCUUAUACACCUCAGAUUAUUUCAAUAGGGCCUUUUCACUACCACUCGCAAAUAUUGCAAUCCAUGAAAAAUUAUAAACUGAGUUAUUUCAGGAGUUUCAUGGAACAAAUUACCAAGAUAAACAAGGCCGAGAAGUUAGCAGACCUUAUACAAGAUUCGGAAGAACGGGUACGUGGAUGUUAUGCAGAGGCCAUUUCAUUUGAUUGUGGUACUUUGAGGCAAAUUAUCUUGAUGGAUGCGAGCUUUAUCAUUGAGCUUUUCUUGAGAUUUUGGUCAGAUGAAUUUUGGAGAGAUGAUGACUCGAUAGAAUUAAAGCCAUUGCUGUCUCCUUCGAUAUACCCAUCCAGCUUCCUCGAGCUUACCUUUAACUUCUUUGAAUUUGAGAAUUUUCAAACGAUACAUCAUCUUAAGAUAGAUUCAGAAGAAGUAAUGCACUUUGUUGAUUUUCUGAGAUACAUGUACUUGCCUUGUGACCGAAUUAGGCUGCUCCCAGAAAGUCGAAAAGUGGUUCACAAAAUGUACUGUGCCUCCCAGCUGGCCGAGGCAGGAUUGAAGUUUAAGCCAAGCAAAGAUGUGGAUUUACUUAUUCAACUGGGGAUCCUUGUGAAUAACAUAGGCACCACCCCACCUUUCGCCGGCAAUUUGUCCACAGGUAUCUCAUUUAGGGACAUCAGUGAUGAUUAUUAUGAUCUCUGUAGACAAUUGGUGGAUUUCCGUAGAAAACAUUGGUAUGUAAUUCUGAAGAGUAGCUUGAGACAGGAUUAUUUUCGGACGCCUUGGAUGGGUGCUGCUACCGUUGGUGCUAUUAUCUUGCAUGCUGAUUCUCACUCUCAUACAAACUGUUUGUACUGUCAUUUUGAUAUUCAAGUAGAGUGA